AUGACGCCGCCUAUUACGGCUUUUAAAAAGACGGGUAAACAAGGGGACGCUCCGCUGACUGCGGUUGUCGUUUUAGAUAUCUUCGAUCAACGAUUCGCACCGCUUCAAGAGUCUUAUCCAUGUUUUGUAAGUUGUUCAAUUUGAUGACUGAAAAUUCAAAACGAUUGCGAAACUCUCCAGGCGUUUAUUCCUGUUUGCAACGUUCCUGCGAUAAGCUACACCUUGACGUGGCUUAUGCGAACCGAAGUGAAGCACGUCAUGUUGGUGGUCAGCGGAUUGAAUGCAAAACACGCUGAUAACGUUCAAAAGUGAGUUAUUAGGAACGUAUACCUGUACAUAUGACGUCGUUUUCAGUGAAUGGAAGUUCGCGUUCGAACAAAUUUCGGUCGUCGUUUGCGACGGAGGCAUGAGUGUCGGAGACUGCAUUCGAGAAGUGAAUAAUCGAGAAUUGAUUACUGGUGGAACCGUCUAGGGGAGAAAUAUUAUUUUUUUGUUCGUAUUCAGGAGAUUUCUUGUUGGUCUGGAAUCCAACCGCAGUGACUUCUUCUACUCUCUCACGCCAAAUCGCCGAUUUCCGGAAAAGACGGAGAGAAAGCGCAGACAACGUGAUGACGAUGGUAUUCAGUAAUCGAGAGAAUUCGGAGAAGUUUGUGAUCGGUGUGCAUUCGACAAGCAACAAAUUAAUGUUGUAUCCGGGCGCCAAUUCGCUCAAUCAAUUGAAAGUUGACAAGAAGGACUUUUACGAGGGAAUCGACAUCCGGAGAGAUGUUACGGGCACUGGAAUUGCAUUGUGCAGUCGUCUCAUCGCCACGCAGUUCAGUGAUAAUUUCGAUUUUGUUUGUAUCGAUGAUGUUAUCCGGGAGAUUCUUUCCAAAGACGACAUCCUCGGGAUGGCCAUCCACGUGGACGUGAUGUCACCGGAAGAACGCGCUUUUUUCGCCUAGUGAGUGUUUUCUGUUAACUUUUUGGGAAAAAGUAUUUUUUCAGCGAUUUCGAAUCGCUCGUCACCUUGAAUUCCCUCCUCAUGUCCCGCUGGUUCUAUCCACUCGUCCCGGAAACUGCAGAUCUUUCAAGAUUUUUCACCUCAAAUCCGAAUAAUUUAUACUUGGAAGAAGACAGUGAAAAGCUGACAAUCAAAGCGAAGAAUUGGAUGUAAGCAUUUAUUCAUGUCGCUUAUUACUCAGGAUUUACAGUUUGAGCCAUGACUCGUUCAUCGUUUCUCUCGGCUUGAAAACAGUCGUCGCUCGGAAUGCGGUCAUCAACUCGUCGAGCAUCGGAAGGCACACUUCAAUCGGUGAUAACAGCUCCAUUAGUUUCAGUUUGAUCGGAAAUGACUGCAAAAUCGGAUCAAAUUGCAUUAUCGAAAGCUCGUUCAUUGGAGACAACGUGACUAUUCCGGAUGGAACCAUUGUGCAGACACGUUCAGUUGUUGGAAAUGGAGUCGUUUAUCCGAAAGAGUAUCCACACAUUCCGGAUUCCGCAGUGCUCCGAGAGCCGCUCAGUGAUGAUCAAUUCGACCGAAUCUCAUCACAGAAGGUCGGCUCCGUCUACUCGGCAAAAAUGAAAAACAAUGCACCGUUCUGGACACGAUCGGUCAACGGAAAAACCCUUUUCGCCACCGAGGAGGCUGAAUCCGAUGAUUCUGAAGAAGAAGAAGAAGGUGACGGUGAUGGUUUUGAAGACGGAGUGGAUGAUUCCACGAGGCAAUUCCACGAUGAAGUAUUCGAAAGCAUGCAGAAAAUUCUCGAAUCAGAAGAUCAAGUGGUAAAGGACAUUGACAGAGUGCCCGUCUAAAUUGUUAAAUUACAGAUGAGAAAUCUUAUUCUGGAGAUCAAUUCCUCAAAGUUGGCCUGUAAUGUCACAAUGGAUGACGUGGCACGCAAUGUGUUCGCGGCGUUUAUGAAGCUGAGAGGCAAUGAAAAACUGGGAACAAUGUUCAGUCUGGUGCUGAAGUGGAGACCAUUAUUCCUGAAUUAUUACAAAUCAACCGAAGAGACUCUCGCGGCGAAGUCACCGGAGCAGCGGAGAAUGGAGUUGGCGUCGAAGCAGAAGUGCCAGAUUCAGAUGCUCCUGGCCAUCGAGGACAAAUUCGAGACGCAGCAGUUGGAAGCGGCGGCGGCCGUCAAGUUAGUGCAUUUCCUGUACGAUAGAGCCGAUGUUCUGGACGAGGAGGCGAUUCUGAAAUGGGCGGAGACGAUCGCCGACGAUUCGGAUUUGAAAGAGGAAAUGCGAAAAAUUGUGGACUGGUUACAGCAGUCAGAUGAAGAAGAGUCCGAUGAAGAAUAG